GAAAUAUUAACACUUGCAGAAAGUGGGGCGGCCUCUGGAAUUAAAUCUGGUUGGAACAGGAUCUUCUCGGAACGUUUCGUUCUUCUUCGCCGUCGCCGUUGUUUCUGUUUGGAAUCUUCCAACGUUCAUUCGAUUUCUUCAGAAAUUUUUGCUGCUGAGGAAUAAACUUCGAUCACUUACGAACUCAAUUGAUCUGCGUUUCAUUUGCGGAGCUUUUGUGUAGUUUUGAGGUGCAGAGCAUCAGUGGGAGUCGGAUAAGUUCAGAAAGUGUGCUGAGGAGGAAGAAGAUGAAGCAGUGCUUCACCUUCUUCUUCUUCUUCUGUUGAUUCAUGGCCUCGUCUCAGCACCGCUGUGUUUUCGUUGGGAAUAUACCUUAUGAUGCUACUGAAGAGCAGCUUAUAGAAAUCUGCCAAGAAGUUGGGCCCGUAGUGUCGUUCAGAUUAGUUAUUGACCGAGAAACUGGAAAACCAAAAGGCUACGGGUUUUGUGAGUACAAGGAUGAAGAAACAGCUUUGAGUGCUCGUCGUAAUCUUCAAGGUUAUGAAAUUAAUGGCCGGCAGUUACGAGUUGAUUUUGCUGAAAAUGACAAGGGUGCAGACAGAAAUAGAGAACAGGGUCGUGGCGGGCCUGGAUUGGUUACAAAUGCUGGUGGCCCAACAGCCCAUGGGGAAUCCAGUCAACUUCAACCAAUUGGUCUUCAUAUAGCAAUAACUGCUGCUGCCGUCAUGGCAGGAGCCCUUGGUGGUGCACAAGCUGCUUCUAAUCAGAAUAUUUUGCAGAGUACAACAAUGCCCAAUGAUCCUUUAACUCUGCAUCUGGCUAAACUUUCUAGGAGUCAACUUACUGAAGUUAUGUCAGGGCUAAAGGUAAUGGCUACACAAAACAAGGAUUUAGCUCGUCAGCUGUUGCUGGCAAGACCACAAUUGUCAAAAGCUCUUUUCCAGUCACAGAUAAUGCUUGGAAUGGUCACUCCACAAGUGUUGCAGAAUCCUAAUUUACGGCAACCUUCAACUCAUCCUCAGCUUCCUUUGCAUGACAUUCAGCAGGGUCAGUCAUCAUCUCUUCAAAUUCAACCAGGGCUGCCCCCUCUUGCACCCAACAGAAUGCAGACUGGUUUUGUACCUAAAAAAGAAACUCAAGUAUCUAUCACGCCUCAAAAUCCUUUGGCUCCCCAUCAGUUUUCUGCGUCCCAACGGCCUCCGCUUCAGUCUCAAAUUCAGCCCGCACUUGCUUUACAUGGCACUUUGACCGGAAUACCUGGAGGCUCAUUGCUUCCUUCUGUAAGUUUGCCGGGAAGUAUGUCUGUUAGACAACAGGUUCAGGUGCCCACCUCUGCUUCUUUAAAGCAGCACAUGCGUCCCCCUUCUCAACAGUAUUCAGGACAUGGUGGAGCUGUAAUUCCAGGGCAUAAUGCUCAGAUUGCUAACCCAGAAGCUAAACCUUCUCUUUUGCCUCGCCCUUCCUUACCAGAUGCAGACUUUCAGCCUGGCUCCUCCGCAGCUUAUGGUGCUUCCCAGAUAGUGGGCAGUGAUGCUGAUAAGUCUUCUCAAGUACUUCUUGGUGUAGAUGGUAAAAGAAAAAUACCUCAUGGCUUUUCAGGAACAACUAAUCGCCCUGUAAAGCAGAUCAAAUUAGAGGAUGGAAAAGGCAGCCCUUUCUCGACCGGAGGUCUAAGUGCAUCAGUAGGUAACAAUGGAGCUAGACAACUUGGAAUUGCCUCAGACCCCAAUCUUCCGGGGAUUCAAAUCUCAGAGAAACCGACUUCAAUGCUUCCCCACGACGUCGAGUCUGCAUUACUGCAACAAGUUUUGAAUCUAACUCCCGAACAGCUUAACUCGUUGCCGCUCGAACAGAGGCAGCAAGUUAUUCAGCUCCAGCAAGCACUUCGCAGAGAUCAAAUGCGGCCAUCCUAGCAAGCAACUUACCGUCGAUCAACCCGCACUCUUGCAGCUCAACUCCAAGCACAAGUAGAUUGUAAAAUAUUUGGCUCCCCAAAGAUUUAACGAGUGACAGUCUAAACACCUGUAAAAUUAUGCUUGCCAAAGUUGUCCAAAACCGACGGGUCCUGCCAACGAGGUACGAGUUCCAUAAACAACAUUCAUGUAAGGCUUACAAGUUUGUGAUUAUAGUGAUUCCUGAAUAAUAACAAUUCAAGAUAGGGUGGAAGAAUUUUGAUUUUUCUCA